GAAAUCAAAGACGUCUUCGACGGCCCCUUUUACAGCCACUACCCGCGCAACCAACCACCGGGCGACAACCUGCGGCUCGCGAUCGAGUACGUGCAGCAGAUCAUCGCGACGCAGGGCCCCUUCGACGGCGUCAUGGGCUUCUCGCAGGGCUGCGCUCUGGCCAGCGCGAUGAUAAUCCAGCACGCGGAGCAGCACCCUUCCGAGAAACCGCUGUUCAAGCUGGCGGUCUUCAUCUGCGGCGCCUCGCCCUUCGACCCGUCGGGGACGGAGCUGAUCGAGCCCCCUGUUCCGUCUGUGGCUACGGCCGUCACCGGCGCGUGGCCCAUCACGAUCCCCACGACGCAUAUCGUGGGCAAGCAGGACGCGCUGUACCCGCACAGCAUGCGCCUGUACGGGGUGUGCGACCCGGCGCAGGCGGAGUUCUACGACCACGGCUCGCGGCAUUUGGUGCCCUUUGAUGUGAAGAACACGGAGGCGAUGAUUGCGGCGGUGGAGGGGUCGAUUCGGAGGGUUUUGGUGGGGGGGAAAUAAG